GCCCCGUCCCGGGCGGGCUGAACCGGACCCGCCGCGGCCUCACGCCGUCCUUCCGCAGCGGCCGGGCCAUGGGAACGCCGGCCUCGGUAGCGAGCGAUCCUCCGGGACGAGCGGCGCCCGCCGCCCGCGGCCGCAAGCGGGCCUCGGCCAACAUUUUCCAGGGCGUGGGGCUGCCGGAGCUGCGCAGCCUGUUCCAGAGCGGCGGGGCCGAGAGCCCCGAGGAGCGCGCCCGUCUCGUCUGGCGCUACGCGGGGCAGCGCCGCAUGGCACGGGUGCUGCGGCAGCUUCGGCGGCGGAGAGCGGAGCGGCGCGGCGGUGAGACGACGGCUUUACGGCGCUUCGGCCGCCUCCGCAUCACCGAUAAGGAGCCCGAGGAAGACGGCACGGACGCGGUGGCCUCGGGGCCCCUGCAGCAGCACUGAGACUGGGCAGCAGGCCCGCCGAGGACACUAAGUGUACAGGACUUGAGUGCAAUAGU